AAAUGAAAAAAAAAAAUAUAUAUACAUAUAUAUACAAUAACAUGUAUAUAACUUUCCUAAUUUUAUUAAUAAUUUGUUUCAUGAAACAAAAUAUUAAUAAUUAACAAUUUUGUGAAUUAGUAUAAUUAUCUUUAUGGGAAGAAAAUGACAUUUUAUUAUUACAUAUAUAUAUGGAUAUACUAAUAUAAUGAGCAUUCUUCGCAGAUUUUAUAGUUCAUUUCAUAUGACAUUUAAUGACCAAAAAGAUAUUUAUUUACCAAUAUAUAAAUUUGUACGUUUACCAUACUUUGUUUAAGAAAAAUCUAAAUAUAAUUCAUGUAAUAUUUAUAAAUGUAUAAUUUUUGCCUAAAUGUAUAGUUACAUAUAAUAUUACUCCUUGAUAGUACUCCACUGGCUAGUAGGAAUAUUAAUGAAGAAGAUUAUUCUUACUGCAGUUUGGAUGAAUAAAUAAAUGAAAUCAGACCCAAGGUAAAAAGCGGACAGAAGGCAUAUAUUUCGAGUAUUACAAAAUUUAAUGUGACUGGUAUAGUAAUACCAGACGCGAUAUACAAGAGGAAAAGAAGAAGAAAAAAAAAAGUUAAACCCCAUUGUUUCAAACAUGGCAACUGUAAGGAAAUAUCUUAGUAAAGAAGAAAAAAAAAAAUUCCCUGUUCUCGUGAAUAUUUGUCUAGUUACCCUUCUGAUUUGGACAUUACAAUGUUUUAAUAAUAAUUGUUUUUUGAAUAAGUCUUGUAAAGGUAAUGGCAGCUACUACAAUGCAGAGGGGAAAACGUCGCUUAAAAGAGUCAAAAACAGAUGUUUAGCACAAGGGGGGAAUUUUGUUGGCCCCGAAAUGGAGGUGCUAAAAGACACAAUUGUAAAUUACCUGUUAGGUAAUAACAGAAAGAGCAAUAAUGAUAAUAGAGAAGAAAUGAAACCAGAGGUGGUGGAACCAAGAUACGAUCACCCUCCUCCAAGAAACUAUCGUGACCAUCAUUAUCACAGUAGUCAUGAAGACAUUAGAACACAUGACAAUUAUGAUAUAAGAGAUGGGCGUGUUCAUGUUAAUCAUAAUCAUCAAGGUCCGGAAGUAGUGUCAUAUUACAUACCAGAAGGGGCGUCGGAUAAUGACCGAAUGUUACAGCCUAUAUAUUAUUCAAGGCAACGAUCGUCACAAAGAGUGCCAUAUAAUGAUAAUAGAAAUACCUCCAUGAUAGGUUAUUUAAAGCACUUCUUACUGGAGCAGCAAUUAUUUUCUUCGCCCGUUUUAAAUAAAAUGGCCCCAAUAUUUUUUUUAAUGUUUCUUUACUACGUAAUAUCAGCUAUUAUAAGCAAUUUUCGUCAUAUUAUAGCGCUCUAUUUCUUGGCCAAGAUAGUGAAAUUGCACUAUAACAGUAAUAAUAAUUAA